AUGGCUCUGGCGGCUUCCUCCCUGGCCCUCUUGCAGGUCGUCUGCGCGAUGCUCCUCCUGCUCCAUGCCAGGUCGGCUGCGGUCCGUUAUGACCUGGAAAUCGCCAACGACGGUCCCAUCACUACAGAAGCACACGCCGUGAUUCAUUCCACGCUGCAUAUAAAGAAUAGAGGCAUUUCACUCAUUGGUGGUCAGAAGUACCGUUUUCACUGGAUUUAUGCUCCUCUGACUUUGUUGGAGAAAACCGAGCAUGGGGAGAACUCUGUCAUUUACGUUCUGUCUUGGUCUCUUUCUUCUGCAGAGUUCAUUGUAGGAAAUCUGACUGUCACCCCAGUAGAAGACCGCACGGUGACCGGCGAUCAGCCUGUACCAGCCACUCUGACCCGGCUGUCGUUCUUCCUUCACGAUCCAAGUCAUUACUUUAAGUUGGCAUCCUUUAUUUACAACUGGGAUUUCGGAGAUGGGACUGAGCUGACAACGCAAGAGUCCUCCGUCUACCACAAUUAUUCCACUGCUGGGACUUGCGUGGUCCACCUGGACGUGACGGCGGAAUGGAAGCCAGAUGGGACAAGUGUGGCGCAUCCCUGGAGCAUCUUCCAGAAAACAGGGCAUUUUGCUGCUACGCUGGAGCUGCUGGAUGCUGUACGGAGUAUUAAUAUCACAGGCUCCACGGACGUGCAUGUGAUGGAGAACGUCAAUUUAUCUGUGCACAUCCAAGGCAGGCUGAAGAUUCCUCCUCAUUCCUUGCUGCCUUUCAGCCCCCCGCUCAGCUUGUGCUGGUUAAUCAAGAUGGAGUGCAUCUCACUCCAAGGUGACGGCUGCCACCGGGUGGUGACCAACGAAACCUCCUACAGCCUGAGCCACGUCUUCAGCGACCCCGGGCAGUACUGCCUCAGCGUGCGGGUGGAGAACGGCGUGAGCACGUUGCAAUCCUACCAGGCGAUUCAAGUCAAGCCGUCAGGCCUUCAUCCGGCUUUCCUGGCCCUGCCAUGCAUCACGCUCCUGGCAGCUGUGCUGGGAUUAGGUGUCUACAUGACGCUCCGAGGACAUGCGCAGCAAAAGGAUCUCGUGGAGGUGGCUGACUUUGACUUCUCCCCCAUGUCCGACAAAGCGUCCUCCGGGCCUGGGUGGAGCUGCAGUCAACUGUGUUGCCAGAGUUGCUUCCUGUGGCCAGUGCAGGAGCCAUGCAGCACCCCUGCAGAGCAUCGCCGCCUUUUGCACCCCUUGCACAAGCCCGUGAAAAUGUACACCACGUGA